ACAGCUGCAAAUGAAGUACAGCACCUACACUGAAAAUGACAGAAAAAAGCAAAUACAGUUCUGUCCCAAGGGAUGGACAAGGUUUGAGACACGGUUGUAUUGCAUCUCCACUGAGAAAAAAACCUGGCAGGAAAGCCGACAGGACUGUAAAAAUAGAGGAGCAGAUCUGAUUGUCAUCAACAGUCGACAGGAACAGGAUAUUAUUCUUCAUACGGAUGCCUGGAUCGGUCUGACAGAUAGAGAACGUGAAGGAACCUGGAAAUGGGUGGAUGGGACACCACUGACCACAAGUUUCUGGAGGGAUGGGGAACCUAAUAACGUUGGUGAGGAGGACUGUGCACAUAACAAUGCAGGAACAAACCCCAUAAAGAGCUGGAAUGAUAAAGGCUGCUCUGCUAAGUCAUUCUGGGUGUGUGAGAAGGAAGCUUAG